AAAACAUACCAUUAAGGAGAGGACAUUGGUAACUGGUCUGUAUCUCAUCAGGAAUAUUAUUGUGUGCUGGGUUUGAAAUGAGAAGAGGGAAAGAAAAGAAAGCAACAUUAAUAUGUUUUAUCCUGUGGAUGUUGAUUGCUCUGAUAGCUAUACAAGGAAAUUUGAGUUCAGAAGAAGUGAAUGGCAAAACGUUGAUGAAUCCUGAAUCAUUUAUGAACAUAAGUGAAAGAAUCAGAUAUUGGGGAUAUUGUUGUGAAGAAUACGAGAUCCUUACAGAAGAUGGCUAUUACCUAAAUGUGAACAGAAUUCCGGGAGGCAAUAAGUCUGCUAUAUUAUUAAUGCAUGCACUAAUUAUGGAGGGUAGUGUGUGGAUAUCAAAUUUACCCCACCAGAGCCUGGGCUUCAUACUAGCAGAUGCUGGAUAUGAUGUAUGGAUUGGAAAUAGCAGAGGAAACUUCUGGUCUAGAAGACACAAGCACCUUUCAGUUAACGAAACAGAAUUUUGGAAUUUCAGUUUGCAUGAAAUGGGCAUCUAUGAUCUUACUGCCAUGACAGAGUUUAUUCUACAUAAAACUGGACAGCAGAAGAUUUUUUAUGCUGGUCAUUCUGUGGGAUCCGCAAUAGCUUAUGUUGCAUUUUCUGUCCGCCCACACCUGGCUGAGAAAAUAAAACUGUUUUUUGCCUUGGGUCCUGCAUACACAUUUCAGAAAGCCAUAAGUCCCCUAGUACAAAUACUACGUUUGCCAGAAGUAUUAAUCAAG